AUGUUUAUCGAGCUUUCCGAACUGAGAGGUGGGGUGCCCCGGAAUUGGCGAUCGAGGCGAGACUCCGUAAUUGGGCCCUGCCGCUACUGGCACGAACGCUACCGUUGGGUGGAGAUGGAGGAGGCCUUCGACGACGCUGUUGGCGAAUUCACGCCACCAGCAGUGCCCGAUUUUACCUUUGAGGAUCUCAGCAUCUUCAAAAACCAAGUUAAGAAAGGUGAGAAUGACAGUGUUUCUCUUACCAACUACUAA